AACCUAUCUACAGUAAGUAGACACACAAUCCGAGAAACCGGGCCUUUACUAAAACGACGAUAGAGCUUGAGCGUGACGUAUGUAACGCUGAAGACGAGACCAUUUGGUGCAGAGCAAAAAUUGGCAGCUGACAAACAGGUUACAGAACUAACAGUUACUUGUGAGAAACUGGAGCUUCGGAGCAGUCGAAGCCCUAAUCACCAUCAGUGGCCUGUGUACAGUCAAUUCAAGCAAGGUAACAUUAAUAGCCUACCACCAGGGAAGAUACAGGUGAUGGAGAAGUAUUUUAGGCCUGUUCACAGCCCCUCUGAACCGGCGGAGAUGAAGCUGCGGAAGCACCACCAUCCUCUUCGCGAAGAUCCAGAGUCACACAGGUAUACGCUAUUUGAUGAUGCUGAUAGAAAGUCCGAAAAAAACCAAGGGCACCACCACCAUGGGCAUGGUCACUACCUCCGAGGCAACCCUCGAACCGUCACCCAUCAUUAUCAUCAUCAAAUGCACCAACCUCCCCAAACUGAUGAGGAUGAAAUACUUGACCACAAUACUCCUGUAACUCUGGCCCAAGCUUCUUCCUCCUCUCUCUCUUCAUCCUCUUCCUCCAUUUCUUCAUCGUCCUGGUUCACGGAGGCAAGCGCAAACGAUCCUUUCUGUCUCCGCCACACUGAGCGUCCACAGCAUUCUUUGUCCUGCUCCAAUAUUGCGGACGUACGCAGGGCUUUUCAGGAAGACGACAGCAGCGAGCCUAUUAUCUUUGCCACGGUCACACAUGGCAGCAAUGGCAGUGGUGUUGCAUUUCCCAAACAUGGCAGCACAAAACAGAUAGGGAGGGGUGAUUUUUCACCCCUUGACCGAAGUCAUAGCAGAAGUGAGGAAGGCCUCCUGAAGGGUAAUGAAGGCCACGAUGGCAGGAAACAAUCCAAGGCACCAAAGAGUGGGAGUCUAUACAAGACUCUGAGUUUGAAUCAAAGCCUGACUUUCAGUGACGAAGACCUCUUAGGAGAUUCUAGGGGCCCAAAGAGAGCCGUGUCAUCCAGCCAGCUUCCCAGCAAAGGAAUCCUGAAGAACAAGGAACCUCAAGCCGACAUACGCAAAGCUAAAUCGAUGGAGGUGAUAUCCCCGAGAGUUCCCAAACAAAAGAAUCCCGGGGCCAGUGGUCAGGGUCAGAAAGAGAUUGCGCAAGCUGAGAUGGAGCAAGCGAGGGCAAAUUUCGUGCAGGGAAAGUUGCAAUUCUCAGCUUUCCUGGAUGAGAUAACAAAACAGGUGAUAAGUCCGUCCUAUCUCUCUAUACUCGGGGUGAACAAUAACAAAGUUACCGGCAAGCCCUGUGCACCAACUCAAACGUUUGAUCCUGUCAAACCUGAACUCCCACCUAAGAAGCAUAGGAAAAGUUCUGGUGAGGAGAGGGAACAGCAUCCUAAACAGCAUAGGAGACAGGACAAAAGUGUUCGCGGCAUCUCUCGAAAAGACUCAGAUGGCUCCAAUCCGGACAGACUGAUUUCAUAUGCGGCUAGGAACUACCAGGGUAGCCCGCCGCCUCAUCAGUUUGUCUACUCUUCCGCUCGAAAUGCUCACCAUGGAAGAAGCCGUAAAGACAAGAGACUGUCACCCAUUGGGGGCUCUCUGACAGAGGACAGGUACGGCAGAUGUGGUUCUCAACUAACCGACGGAACCAGCACCAGCCCUGAGUUGAGCCAGCCCAAAUUGCGGCACCACUACAAGCAACAAAACCAUUCCUUCUAUAGCCCACACACCCAACACUUCCCUCAGCCUCAGCACGUGCAGACUGGUGCAAUCCAACGUGGUCCAAACACCUCACCGCCGCCCCCCCCAGCUCAGGGUGCAAGAAUGGGCCUCGGGUCAGAGUCUUCAUCCAGUAAAUCAGACUCAUCCAGGACCCGAGAUACAGCCUCCACCAUGACCAGUCACAGCUCGGAGCAGAGCCGGCGUCACGAUUCAAUGCAUGUGGGAAGCUCCAAAAAAUGCAGAGACAGACUGUGUGAUGCUGAGCAGCUUCAAGUGCUACAGGAGGAGAAUACUGAUCUUCACCAGAAUUUGCUGCAGACAGUGGUCUGCAUUGAAAGUCUGGAGUCAGAGCUGCAGAGGACCAGGGAUGAGCUCAGCAUUGUCAAAGAGAAAUAUAAAAGCCUACUGGAGACACACACUGGCACCAGGCAGGCUAAUAAUCUGCUGGGGGAGCAUUUGCACAUUGCGUCGGAGAGUAUGAGCAGCAGUGAGAGGAAGUACCUUCUCAAACGCGUGUCUCAGCUGAGCUCUGAGUUGGAGGACGCUCACAGGACAGUUGCUGCGCUGGAGAACAUUAAUCUGCCGUGUCUGAUCAAAGAUUUACUGGAGAAGCACUUGAACUCAGCUGAGACCGUGCAGAAGAUUGAAACACCUUCUCCUAUUGGCAACCAUACAACCAGCUCCCCACCGGCACUCAAGUCACCUCGCCUUCCUAAAUUGGAGGGAGCGGCACACAGCUGGUUAACAAUGUCGGACACUGCUACAGCCUUUGUUCCCUUCAAACAGGAAGUGCCCAAAACAGGUCAAAUCUCCCCCCAAGGCGUUCCCCCGUCCAGCAACAGUCCACCUUUUUCAGUGGAGGACAUGAGCACCGCCAUCUAUCAGAAAAUUGUAGCCGAUUACGCUGCCAAACCUCAAAGGAAUCUACAGCAGUCCUCCCAGGGUGUAAAAUACACUGACAUCUCUCUUAAGCCUCAGCAGCUCCACCAUGCUGACCGCAUGGCUGAAAAGGGAGAGGUAUUGGUGACGCUUUUGGAGCAGAACGCUGCGACUGUGACCUCCAUGUCUGCCCAGCAGAUCCUAGAUGAGUUUAUGCAGCAGCUGCACACCCAUGAGAGGGGUGGUGAAGGGAAGGAGCACGAGUAGUUGGCAGUGGGAGCCGAGCCAAAGAGGCAUAGGGCCAGAGCGACGGCAACACACGAUGAUGGGAAUUUAACGUCACUGCCUGAAACAAAGUAGCUGAGCAUUUGUGUUCAUCUGUCUUGGAAAUGCCAGUGGAUUAUAUUGCAAGAUUGUUUGUAUUGAUUUA